GAGAGUCUGAGUCAGAGCUCGCGCGUAAUCCGUGGCGCAUGGCGCCGCGCGUGUCGGUCUCCGUGCCGGAUGGCGCCCGGGGGCGCGCUGUUAAAAGUGUCGGGGGCGUCAUCCGUUUGGGGCGGGCCUUGCGCCAGGGUUUGGACCGCGUUGCGCCUGUGGCAAUUGGACGGGUCGGCAGGCGGGCGCCGGGCGCCGACGGUCGCCGUCCAUAAGUCGGCGUGCGUGCCUGCGUGCGGAGCAGCAGAUGAAAGCGAUCCCGUUUUCAAGCGGAGUCCGCCGGCGUCCGCGCGUGUGCCCACUCCCCCCCCCGCCGUUCGCGAAAACUACAACGGCCCCGGGCCGUGGCCCGUGGCGCGGCCGGCCGCGCCCUCGCCGUUUGUUGCCGGGCGGCCUGCCUUGCUCCGCGCAGCAAACCAAGGAAGGGGGGCCCGGGCUGUGGGAUUGGGCGCCCGCGCCAAGAAAUCUCCCCCGGUGUUGGUGCCGGUUUGCUUUUUUCCGGAUCCCCGGCGCCUCUCUUGUCCCUGCUCGCCUGGCGGGGCCUCCCGACCCGACGGACUUUCGGCGCAGCCGCCGGCCUGUUGCGUUGCGGGUUCACUCGUAUUAGCGAGGGCAGCUGGCGGCGUCAACGUCAUCUGCCUGGGCGCGGGCGCCAUCUUGCAUUGUGGCCCUGUAGCUUCGGGGGGUUGGCGGGCUAGUUGUAUUAGCGGCGACCGCUCCGUGCGCCUCCUGUCGUUGCUGUGAUGUGCACGCGCCAUCCCCUGUGUGACGCUAGGCAAGCAGAGUCAUUAUUUGGGUUGCCGAGUACAGAACGCGGUGGCGGCGGGGUUCCUCUGUGUGUG